GAUGCCUGCAAAGAUUGACACUGAGCUCAAUCUGCGAUUUCUGUACAUCUGCUUCAAGCACUCAAACUUCAGUACGAUCAAAGCUCCCGCUGCUCGCAUGCGCUUGAUGCGUCUUCGUCAAGCACUCGAAGCAGAGUCUAGCAAAGAAGGCUUCAAGGAGAAGGACCGAAAGCGUCGACUCAACCCGUUCAAAGCCAAGGACAAGCUGUACGCUCAUGAGGGCGAAGAUGAUGAUGAUGAAUCUCUUGAUGAUGUGCCAUUGAUGCAGCGUCUCCGCGCCCGCAUGAUGCGCAUCAAGCGUGAGGAAGGAUUGAUGAUCAAGAAUGAAGACGGCACCUUGAUCAAGGAUGAAGACACUGCAAUGAUCAAGAACGAGGAAUAUGACUUCUGGGGCAANAAGGAGGAAUGCGAUGAUGAGCAGGAGGANGGGGUGGUCAACGCCGGAGCUCGUGAAGUUGGUGACACUCCCUACUUCAAGAACCAGACCAACGAGUCUCAUCCCAAUCUGCAGGAAGAAUCCACUCCCGUCGACCUGGGAGGUGUUGUCAAGUCUGGAGCCACCAGCUUGGCCUACGUUCCUUCCUCAGUUGAGCAGCAUGCACUUGCACCAUAUCCUAACUCAAAUGGAGGUGCAUACCUCGGUCCAGCCAAGAUGGAACGCAGAGACUAUGGCUAUGGAGACGACCAGCACACACCAGCUCAUCCUACCAACGCCGCUCCCUUCAACUUCCGUACCUACGGCCACGCAAACACUUCGAGCCCCUAUGUUCAAGAGCGCAGCGACAUCAGCAAGCCAGAACACAUCAACAACCAUGGUCACCCUUCUCCCUACCACGGCUACAACCCAAUCCCUCGUCCUGACGCCUUCAAUCCAUUCGCACAGGUCAAGCCAGAGAGCACAUAUGGCAAUACUCAUGUCACAACUCCUUCUGGUCUCGACUCUCCCUUCCGUCUGGACAUGUUCAAUACGGCUCUGACAAACUCGAUUGCCUCUGAAGUCGAGGCCAGUCCCAGACAGAAGUCUGUCGAGUCUGUUGUCGACUCGCCGAUGAGGAAUGAUACUCCCGAGACUCCAUUUGACAAGGAGUACGUAUUACCCUUUGCACGUCAGUCUUACCAGAACAAGAACUUUGGA